UGCGUCUCUCAAUCUCUAUUGUCUGUCCAAGAAUUUCUUUUAUCGAGUAGAAGGUCAAAGGGUUAUGAAACAGACCACAACAAUCACAAUCCUUUGACUCAGUCAGUCGUAUGUAAGAUUGGUCUUCUAUCGCUUGGCGAUGCGAUCAUGAGAAAAUCACAAAAUAACACCAGCUCAAAUCCAUCGACCAAGGCUAAAACGAGCACAGAAAAUGUAAGCAAAGAUGGUUUGAAACUCUUACAAGAACUGAUUCAAGAUACUAAACUAACGCAAGAAAGACGUCGAGCCAUCCUUAGCGAGACACUAGUUCGAGUUAACCRGCAAAUUGGGACUCCUCUUGUACUAGCUUCAUUAAACAACUUAACAAAAGUUGUCGAGGUUUUGCUAAAAAACGAAUUGGUUGACGUAGAACAAACAUGUACUAUAAACCUUGAUGAAGACAGGCGAGCAGAAGGUGUUACCGCUCUAUGGGCUGCAUCUUACGCCAACCAUUUAGAUAUUGUUAAACUUCUGGUAUUAAAUGGAGCCGACCCGAAUCACGCUACGCGCUCCAAAUCGACUCCAAUCCGUACUGCUUGCUUCCACGGCUGGAAUGAUGUUGUUCUGUGUUUGGUGAAUUAUGGAGCAGACGUAAAUUUAGCCAACAGUCAAGGGAGUACAAGCUUAAUGGCGGCUUCCUUUAAUGGACACCGAGAUACCGUUACCAUCCUAGUUAACAAAAACGCUGAUUUGAACGCAAAAGACAAUAAAGGAAACACAGCCUUGCACUAUGCCGCGGAAAGAGGUCACUUAUCAGUUGUUAAAAUGUUGGUAAARCUAGACGCACAAAUAUUGGUCAAUGAUGAUGGUCUAACACCACUAAAACUAGCCUGCAACGCCUGCCAAGAUGAAAUUAUGAAAUUCUUUGUACUCCGUGCUCAAACGACAAGAUACGAAAUUAUUGAAGCGUUGGAACUUCUUGGGGCGACUUACGCAAACCACCCAGUUAAGAGUAAUACUGACAAAGCAUUCAAGCUUUUAUGGACUGCAAUGCAACACCGAUACAAUGAACCUGAUAGCGACGUCCUGCACAAAUUCGUUCGGCCUCCUGUAAGAGCUUAUGGUUAUCGCUUUGAGUGCCAGACACCUGACGAACUUGACGCUAUUAAAAGUAGUGCACACGCCAUUCAUAUGGAAGGAUUGAUCGUGCGAGAGCGUCUCCUGCGAACAUGGAAUUUGUCUGUGCCAUUGCACAUACGGUACCGAGGAGCCUGCUUGGCAGAUACCGGUCACUAUCAAGAGGCUUUGGAGCUUUGGAAGUACGCUGCAAAACUUGACCAGAAGAAUGGACACGAUAGUUUAGAACAGUUGUUGCGCAUCGGUAAUCUCAUAAGUCAAAUGGUGCGGAAAAAGCACAUCCCUGCGUUUGCACACGUCGAGGAACUCUUCAGCUUGUUGUUGACGGACGUCGAAAAACUGCACGGUGGCGUUGCUGAAGCAGGAAAGAAAGUCAAAUUAGACAGGGAAAGAGAGAUGAAACUCGAGGAAGCGCAAUUAACUGCCAUCUUGUACAUUGCUAUUGUAUUACGACAAGAUCUUUCAAGAAAAGAACAAAGAAGAUUUAUGAAACACAUCAAGAAGUUUAUUUGCUUAGAGAAAGAAAUGCACCAAAACAGCAACACUCUUCUUCAUCUCGCUGUGUCCCAAGACGUAUAUAAUGACAAGAAAGUGAAUCAAAUUUGUAAGUUGCCUAACGCCGAGAUCGUCAGACUACUGAUUGAUGGAGGUGCUAAUCCUGAUGCUGCUAAUGGAAAAGGAUGCACACCGCUGCACAUCAUCGCCUCUUUCAACAAUCAAGACACGAACAGUAAGCGUACCAGCACCAGCACAGCACAGAUUGAUAUCAUCGGGGAUUUGUUGACUGCAGGAGCAAACAGGGAUGCUGAGAACGACGACAUGCUAACACCAAUAGACUACGCCCAACUAGAUCAAAUUAAGACUCUAAUAAGCACAUUUGCUACUGAUAACCUGUCUUGAAUGACAAUCUUACUUGAAAACAAGACUAUGGUAUUUCCGAGUUCAGCGUGGAUAAAAACAUGGAUAAAGGCUUUCAUAUGGGUGUGUACAAACUCCUGUCAAUGGGACCUGGGAAUUACACUUCACUUAGGCCUCCGACCGAAAAUCAGAUCUUCGGUAUACAACACACAUCAACCAUUAAUAGAUACAACAAACUCGAGACGAAACUCGAUGAUCGAACAGAUUUCUCUUUGUUAUUAUUACUUCAUGUAUCCCACAGUUGUCGUGUUKGCCAAAUUCUGUGUUGUUAACAUUAUCAGAGCGAGGAUCUGUUGCUACAAUAGUAGUCCACAAGUCACAGAAAGUUGUCUUUAGUAUAAGCCUAAGCAUUAAUACUUGCAUUGAAAUGUUGAUGAAGUGAUCCAGUGGUGCAAACACAACGAGUAGAUCAUAUCCAUCCUUCGAGGAAAUGACGUCUAAUGAAUUAUAGAGCGGAUUUCGUAUGAGUGGGAAACGGACGGUACUGUACUGUGACCGUAAUCGUACUGUAACCAAAUUCUAGUGCCCCAUUGGUUCACCAAAAUUGCGCAGGCCRGGUGCGGUAACUGUGCGGUAACCGUGCGGUAACGGUGUCCCACUCAUACGAAAUCCGCUCUAAUACCUUGCGGUAGUAUCACAAAAUGAACCAAAGAAACGYAAUGUAAUAUUUGGAGAAAAGGCCUAUUCAAUAUGAUUUGUUUUACUGGGAAUUUUUAAUAUGUGAUUUUGUCUACUAGGCUUAUCUUUCUAUUCAAUUCGACUAAUACUAGCUUCAGAAAACAUUUUUUGAUUAUCAGAUGUACGGCGUUGUCGAGAGCCAUUACCAAGGAGUUCUUUUUUCUAGGUUGAUAAGUAAAAUAUGUCUAAAC